AUGAAGGAGGAGAACCCGGAGUCCCCCCCCGAGGGCAGCAAAGAGGAGGAGGAGGAGGAGCGGGAGCGGAUGCCCGGGAAGUGCCCUCGGAAGCGCGGGCAGGGCCGGGCGGGCGCGGAGUGGCCGCAGGGCAAGCGCAGCAAGCGCGGCCCGGCCCCGGCUCCCCCCGGGGAGGACGGGCAGGCCCAGAGGGUCCUCGCCAACGUCAGGGAGCGCCAGAGGACCCAGUCCCUCAACGACGCCUUCGCCGAGCUGAGGAAGAUCAUCCCCACGCUGCCCUCGGACAAGCUGAGCAAGAUCCAGACGCUCAAACUCGCCGCCCGUUACAUCGACUUCCUGCGCCGGGUGCUGGGGGGAGACGAGCCCGGGCCCGGGGCGGCCCCGUCCUGCACCAGCCGGGCCCGGGAGAGGCUCAGCUACGCCUUCUCCGUGUGGAGGAUGGAGGGAGCCCGGGCACUGUCGGCCUCGCACUGA